AUGAGCCGCCAACUUGCAUUCCUCGCUUUCCUGGCCCUCAGCAUAGCCGUUCCAGUCUCCGGUAUUUCGUGUCAUUACGGGACGACUGAAAUCAUCGACAACCGAAAGUUUUGUACUGCGUUCUACUUUACUGACACUGGAUACGCCAAAUUCGGCGGAGAAAGCUCUUAUCCAGAAAACCUUUCCACCGUCUUGUACCGCUUCCAGAAAGAAGAAGACUGCAAAUUGCUAAGGGGCAUCAAAAAAAAGGAUGGCUCAGCUCGUGGUUAUACACUCCGUCCAUCCUACGUCCCUAGAAACAAUGAUAAUGAAUCAUCUGCUGAAGCCUAA